CAACUGUCAAUAAAUAUCUCACGAGCAACCAACAUAUGUUUCACAUCACACAAAAAAUCAUUAUGAACAUUCAAAUAUAUAUUGCUGCACUUUUGUUAAAGUGAGAAGAAGAAGCAAGUCAGGCAUGGCGAAUGCUUUACCUCCGAAAGGAAUCCUCCAGAGCCAAGCUCUACAGAAGUAUAUCUAUGAAACAAGUGCAUAUCCAAGAGAGCACGAGGAACUCAAGAUUUACGAAAAAGCUACUGAGACAAAUAUGGAAAGAGGUAAGUAAUUAAUUCUAUAUCCCAUAAAUAUUAGAAAACUUUCUAAAUUUUUUUUUGAAAAAUGAAUUGCAGGAAGCAAAAUUUCAAUACCAGCUGAUGAAGGGCAAUUCCUAUCAAUGCUUGUUAAGAUUAUGAACGCCAAAAGGACGAUAGAGAUCGGUGUUUUUACUGGCUAUUCUCUUCUUUCAACUGCACUUGCCUUGCCUCAUGAUGGCCGGAUAACAGCUAUAGACAUUGAUAAAGAAGCUUAUGAAGUUGGAGUACCAUUCAUCCGCAAGGCAGGCGUCGAGCACAAAAUAAAUUUCAUUCAAUCUGAUGCUAUUUCCGUAUUAACCAAAAUGCUAAACAAUGAAAAUGAGAGAGAAGAAUUUGACAUAGCAUUUGUAGAUGCAGAUAAGCACAAUUACAAAAAUUACCAUGAGCCAUUGUUGAAAUUAGUUAAGGUUGGAGGAAUAAUUGCUUACGAUAACACCUUGUGUUAUGGAUUUGUAGCUCAAGAAGCAAAUGAAGUUCCAGAGCCUUUCAGGCACCGGACAAAGGCUAUACAGGAACUCAAUGAGUACCUGUGUCGGGAUCAACGUGUAGAGAUCUCGCAAGUUUCUAUUGGCGACGGUGUUACUCUCUGUAGGCGUCUCUAUUGAGAAUGUUUCUACCAUAGUUACAUGGCGUAUAUAUAGAUUUUGUCUCUGUUGCAGCUGUAAAACAUGAUAGAUGGUGUUUUAUUGAGAAUGUAACGAUUAGAUUGAAUACAGAUUCAAAAUGACUCUAUGAGUUAAAUAAAUUCUUCAAAAA